CGUACACGAGGACCAAAUCACGUGACGUGACACGGAAGUUGUCGUGUCCUCGAAAAGAAAACAUGACCGCUUUGUAUGUUACUGCAUUUUAGGGACUAUUAGUGAAAAUUUUGAAGAUUUGAAAAUGUCGUUAACCCAAAUAAAGGACACCAGUUUUCUGGGAGGUAGAAUACCAGCUGAAAUCGAGUCGAUGUCAAAAAACUUGAAGGAAGUGGAGCAAGAGCUAUUUAGAAAGUUACUAAAAGCGGUAGUGAAUGCCUUGGAAGGAAAGGACUGCAGAGACACGAUGAAGACAAUCGCAGAGAACAGUGUCAUUCCACAAGAGAAGCUCAGUCACAUUGUAGCUGGGAUGUACAGAUUGUUGUCAGAGGCUGUUCGUAUACCGCAGACAUUACUUAAACAGGAGGCUUUUAAAGAAGAUCUUCGAGAACUGAGGAUACCAGAAGACUUCAUCACAGAUUUCUGCAGUGUGGUCUUUGGGAAUCGUCGUGCAGCUCUAGAAGCCGCAACUUCUCAGAGGGAUCCUCACCUACCUACAUUGGAUGAAUUUAAAUGGAGAGUAGAUGUCGCCAUUUCUACAAGCUCUUUGGCCAGAGCACUGCAGCCUUCUGUCUUGAUGAACAUGAAGCUGUCAAAUGGAAGUGUACACCAAUUUGAGGUGCCAACAUCCAAAUUCCACGAGCUGCGCUACAAUGUUGCUCUUAUCCUCAAAGAGAUGAAUGAUUUGGAGAAGAGGAGCAUUCUCAGGAUUCAAGACUGAUAAGCAUUUCAUUUUCGGUUAAAGUGUCAACUCUGAUAAGGAAACUUCAUAGUUGUUUUUUGUUAAAAAUAUUUAUUCAGCAUUCAUUUCAUACUUUCCCUUUUCAUACCCAGUUCUAUUGGUAUAGACCCUACCCACGUGACGUCACAGCUCCGCUCUCCUGAAUGGUACCGCCCACUUGUCCGUCAAAACAUAGUGUUAACCUGUUACGGCUACGUACAUUUCUCCUAUUUACGGCGUGUUUUUCUGCUCCUUAACAUUAAUAAUCAAAAUGGUGAAGGCGUGUGUGGCUGUUGGUUGCACUAACAGAGAAGAUGGAAGGAGAGACUUGAAGUUUUACCGUAUUCCGAGGGAUCCAAAGAGGAGAGCGAAAUGGACGGCUGCAAUUCAACGUGAAAACUGGGCACCAAAAAAUCACCACAGACUAUGUAGUAGUCAUUUUAUAGCCGGUAAAAUGCAUUUAGGAUAUACUUAGGGGGUUUUGGGCUGACAAAUAACCACAAUUAAGAUCAUUGCGAGGCUAAUCGCCGACAACAUACGACGUAGUACGACAUAGUUUCAAAUUCAAGAUGUUUGUGACUUCCCUUUCUUCCACCAUCGUUAUUUUUUGAAUAAUAUUUAGCUGGUACCAAGUGAAAGAAACUGGCCUCGUCUACGGAGCUGACAAAUAACCACAAUUAAGAUCAUUGCGAGGCUAAUCGCCGACAACAUACGACGUAGUACGACAUAGUUUCAAAUUCAAGAUGUUUGUGACUUCCCUUUCUUCCACCAUCGUUAUUUUUUUUGAAUAAUAUUUAGCUGGUACCAAGUGAAAGAAACUGGCCUCGUCUACGGGGCUGACAAAUAACCACAAUUAAGAUCAUUGCUAGGCUAAUCGCCGACAACAUACACGUAUGUAUGUCGUGAGAGUGCUAUCGCUAAACCAUAUAAACAUUAAAAGCCUUAACUCCAUUGACAAACGACAUGAAAUACAUUAGACUUGACAGUGGAUGUUAGCAAUAACAAAAGAUUUUGAAUUGAAAAUUUCGUAACUCACCUUUCCAAGCACAAGAUAGAUUCCUGCCGAACGAGGACCUGUUUCACCCAACCAGCAACGAAGUAUUUAUAAGCCUCCAAGCUCUUGAAGUUUUUCAAAUUUUCGUGGGAAUAGGCUGAUUUUGUGUGGACAAGAUAAUUGUAAAUAUCAGCGUAGCAGAUGUCAGGCAGACAGGGCGAAGACAGUGGGUCGAAAAACAUCGAUUUGGGCAUCAAAUAUGGAUCUAGCGACUGUAUAGAACGAAGCUUUUCCUCAUAACGCCUUCUAUGCAACAGAUCCAGUGAGUUUGCGGCAUCAGAAAGCACCGGGUCUUCCAUGAAAUGCAUUUUAAAUUCCGCCAUCAAUUGAAAACAAUGCUAAUACAGAGUCAAAAUGACGGACAAGUGGGCGGAACCAUACAGCGAGCACGUGGUUUUAUGACGUUGGUGGGUAGGCUCUAUAGUUGUGGCUUAAUAUACUAUAGAUAUUGAUCAUCCUCGUCGACGGGCUAUAUUUACGUAGGCAUGGAUCAUCUCCCGAAGAUACUAGCAUGUCAUUAAUACACAUUUCUGCAACUCUACUUACAUCUCUCAUACCAUUUAUACAGUUUUUUUAUGGUAAGCGGUAACACACAACUGUGGAUUAUCAUUAAGCACCCUGUUAUAAGAAAAAAAAUAAAGGGCGAGGGUCCUACCCUCUCAAAGGGCCAGAACAAUGAGAUGUUCAUUCGCUCAUCUUAAAGGCCCAGUCAUAAACAUAAACAACAUACACAUUAACUGGGCUUUCCUACACAAGUGAUUGGGCAUCAUGUUGGGGUGUUGCUCUUGUUAUUGCAGUUUUAACUUGUAUAAUGCUCUAUGGAGGAAGUCGGCGUGAUGUCACGAUGACGUCACCUCGCUUAGCAACGUGUCGCUAUUUUGCGAAGGGGGCAUGCACAGCUAAACAUUCCGUAGACAAAUGUCUGAAAUUUAUAUAUUUCAGGUGUGUUUUGCGUCUUUUUUCAUAAAAACGCCUUAAACAUGGCUUAUACUAUUAUCACUAGUCACUGCCGACAGACGCGAGGAGGCGAUACAAUUUAAAAUUACCGUGUAUUGGCUUGCAAGUCUGCCCAUACAAAGUCGCAGCUGAUAGCUGGAUGAACAAUCCAAAGGAAUGGCCUGCAGUGGAGUUCGGAAACAUCUACAACUACCUCAUAAAGUCACCCAAAGUUGACCAUUAUCAAUUACGUGGAAUAUGUACUGCGUGGAACUAAGAAACUGUUAGUAUAUACGGAGUGAUUAUUUCUGCCGUCACCGGUAAUUCGCCUCCAAACGUUAAUUAGCCGUGAACACGUCACGGCAAAAUAAUCAAUUCCCACCAGGCCAAUAAUAUGCCGAAUGACUAAUCAGUUCACGGCAAUAGAAAAAUAACGCUUUGCGAGUUGCUGUUUACGGUAAUAAUAACCACUGCCUAGUCUAUUGAAUCCUAGCAGCUAAUUGGGGCAAAAAAAUAGAUUAGAGUUUACUCACCAGUAAUAAAAUGUCGGCUGCAAACGUAAAUGCGCUUGGAUUUAGGUUCCGAGAAUAGUCCAUGGAGCCGUCUUCAUUUUACUGUUCCUCGAUUAAUUGCUUUCAGCCAUUUGUUUCUCUUCUUCUCACGAGGAAGAAUGAAGAACUUCAAAUGCGGCUCCGAACUCUUCCUUGUGUGACAACCCGCAACACAGCAACUUUUAGUCAUUCCAACGGAAAAAAGACCGCAAAUAAGACGAAAGUUCAACGCGUUUGUGUUACAAUGCACAACAGAGCAACUGCUUGUGACUCGUCUUUUGCCCUGUUUUCAAUAUGGCGACGCUUUGUUGUGGCUGGUGACGUCAUUAAUGCCAGGAUACCCGACGUCUGUCUGAAAAGGUUUAACCAUUUCACAGCGGACAACUAUUUAUCAGUCAUUAGUUUUAACUAGGGCUGUUCAAAUUAUCGCGUUAACGGGCGGUAAUUAAUUUUUUUAAUUAAUCAUGUUAAAAUAUUUGACGCAUUUAACACAAAUGCCCCGCUUAAACAGAAUAAAAUGACAGCACAGUGUAAUGUCCUCUUGUUACUUGUGUUUUUCGGUGUUUUGGUGCCCUCUGCUGGCGCUUGGGUGCGACUGAUUUUAUGGGUUUCAGCACCACAUGGGCAUUGUGUAAUUAUUGACAUCAACAAUGGCGAGCUACUAGUUUAUUUUUUGAUUGAAAAUUUGUACAAAUUUUAUGAAAACGAAAACAUUAAGAGGGGUUUUAAUAUAAAAUUUCUAUAACUUGUACUAACAUUUAUCUUUUAAGAACUACAAGUCUUUCUAUCCAUGGAUUGCUUUAACAGAAAGUUAAUAAUGUUAAUGCCAUUUAUUGUUAUAAUAAACACAGUACUUAUGUACCAGAUGUUGAAUGUACAUAUCUGUCUUGUGUCUUAUCUUUCCAUUCCAACAAUAAUUUACAGAAAAAUAUGGCAUAUUUUAUAGAUGGUUUGAAUUGCGAUUAAUUACGAUUAAUUAAUUUUUAAGCUGUAAUUAACUCGAUUAAAAUUUUAAUCGUUAAACAGCCCUAGUUUUAACUUAUUCAUUGCCAGCCCAGGUCACAGAGUAUACAGUGGUUUGAAAAAGUAUCUGAACUUUUGGAAUUUCUCACAUUUCUGCAUAAAAUCACCAUCAAACUUGAUCUGAUCUUUGUCAAAAUCACACGGAUGUAAAAACAGUGUUUGCUUUAACUAAAACCACACAAACAAUUGUAGGUUUUCAUAUUAUAAUGAGGAUUGUUUGCAAACAGUGAUAGAAGGGGAGAAAAAUAAGGUGAAUCAUCACAUUUAAUGUUUUGUUGUCCCCCCUUUGGCAGCAAUAACUUCUACCAGACGCUUCCUGUAGCUACAGGUCAGUCUGGCACAUCGAUCAGGACCAAUCUUGGCCCAUUUUUCUCUACAAAACUGCUGUAUUUCAGUCAGAUUCCUGGGAUGUUUGGCAUGAAUCGCUGUCUUUAGGUCAUGCCACAACAUCUCAAUGGGUUUCAAGUCUGGACUUUGACUUGGCCACUCCAGAAUGUGUAUUUUGUUCUUCUGAAACCAUUCUGAAGUUGAUUUACUUCUGUGUUUUGGAUCAUUGUCUUGUUGCAGCAGCCAUCCUCUUUUUUAGCUAUAACUGUAUGACGGACGGCCUCAGGUUUUCCUGCAAAACAUCCUGAUAAACCUUUGAAUUCAUUCUUCCAUUAAUGAUCGCAAGUCAUCCAGGCCCUGAUGAAGCAAAACAGCUCCAAAUCACGAUGUUCCCUUCACCAUGCUUUAUGGUGGGGAUGAGGUGUUGAUGUUGGUGAGGUGUUCCAUUUUUCCUCCACACAUGACGUUGUAUGUUACUUCCAAACAAUUCAACUUUGAUUUCAUCAGUCCACAAAAUAUUUUGCCAAAGCUUCUGUGGGGUGUCCAAGUGCCUUUUUGCGAACAUUAAACGAGCAACAAUGUUUUUUUAAACAGCAGUAGCGUCCUCCGUGGCGUCCUCCCAUGAAUACCAUUCUUGGUAAUAGUUUUACAUAUAGUCGAUGUGUGCACAGAGAUAUUGGACUGUGCCAGUGAUUUCUGUAGGUCUUUAGCAGACACUCAAGGGUUCUUUUUGCCGCUCUGAGUAUUCUGCGCUGAACUGUUGGCAUCAUCUUUGGUGGGCGCCCACUCCUUGGGAGAGAAGCAACAGUGCCAAACUCUCUCCAUUUGUAAACAACUUCUCUGACUGUCGAUUGAUGAACAUCCAGACUUUUAGAGAUGGUUUUGUAUCCUUUCCCAGCUUUAUACAAAUCGACAAUCCUUGAUCGCAGGUCUUCAGACAGCUCUUUUGACCGAGCCAUGAUGCACAUCUGACAAUACCUCUUAUCAAGACAAUUUUUACUUUUAACUUUUUAAUGAUUUUUUUUUUACUUUAAACCACUCAUCAGUGAUUGGGCACACACCUGACUUAAAUUGUUUGGUAAAAAUUGGUUUCAAUUGUUCUUUAAGUCUCCUUAAGCAGAGGGUUUACUUACUUAUUUUUCCCCCUUCUGUCAUUGUUUGCAUGCUAUCCUCAUUAAAAUAUGAAAACCUCGGGUGAUUUUAGUUAAAGCAGACACUGUUUUGACAUCUGUGUGAUUUUGACGAAGAUCAAUCCACAUAAUGCUGAUUUUAUGCAGAAAUGUGACAAAUUCCUAAAGGUUCACAUACUUUUUUAUACCACUGUUAGUUGGGGUAGUUGGUAAAAGAGGGGAAUUUAUAUUGAAAACGGCUAUUGACAACAAUAGACAGCCAAUUCAUUUUAACUGGGAGGGGCUGGAAGCCAUUGAAUGAUGGCUUCCAGCAGCUCCCAGUUAAUAUGGAUUGGACGUCUAUUGCCGUCAAUGGCAGCCAAAGAGUUGAGCUAUGUGAGGUCACAAGAGAUAUAGAAAACAAAACAAAAUGAAAUAAAAUUCCCUGAGCAAAAUACAGCUGGGCCACACUUAUUUGAAUUAGUCUUCUUUUUUUUUUUCAAAUUUAUUGCAAUUUCUUUUACUUUUUUAAAAAGUUUUAAUUAUUUAAUCUAGAAUUAUUUAUAUUUUUUUAAUUGUUUUUUUUUUUUUUUUUUUUUUGUUCUUUUUACUUUGUUAUU